AUGCCUGCGACACCGAGCCAAGCAAAGACGAAGAAGUGUCAGAGAGCCUGCGAGCGAUGUCGGUCAAUGAAAGUCAAGUGCUCGGGGUCGAGUCCAUGCACAAGAUGUGCACGCAAGAAGAAGCCCUGCCACUUUCCAGUGGAGGAGGUGCGAGUCUCCGUGUCGGAACGUUAUUUGCGAGAGCUUGAAGAGCAUAUUUCCAGGAGCGGAACAUCCGUACGACAUGCAAAAACAGAAGUGCAUGCCUUGGAUGAUUCCAUAAUUACGGGCAAUGGGAAUGUCAACGUUCCCUCUACACCUCACGCAUUGCUAGAACAUCGACAAGACUCUCGAUGGAGAACCAACCCAAACACACUGGGUACCGCUCUGCACACCCCAGAGACCCCUCGCAGGGAGCAAGGAGACCAUGAAGCCGAGCACGAUACUCAACGAUCCCGGUUUUCACGCAACCCGCUAGUAGACAGAGACCCGUCUUUUGCGCAGACACCAGACGGCCGGUUUUGGUAUAUGGGGCCGACAUCGUCAUGGUCUUUUUGUCGUCGAGUCCUUGCCCUUAUAGGGCGAAACGUUCCUGAGUCGAACUUUCAAUCUGAUCCUUUCCAUAUUGAUGGAACAGCCUUUAGGUUGCGCUGGCGACCAUUUCCACCAGACGAUGUACCCGAUGUCACUAAUUUGCCUCCAUUGGACUACGCACUCUUUUUAUUUAACACAGUCAAAUUCUACUUUGGAUUUCUGUCCUUUAUGAUUGACGAGCCAGCUUAUCUACGAGAGCUACAUGAAUUUUAUAAGGACCCAGCAGCCAAGGCUACCUCUUCCAGGCCCUGGUAUUGUCAAUACCUGCUGGUACUCGCUUUUGGAAAGGCAUUCCUGACUCAAAAGAACUCCUCUGGAGCACCACCUGGUCAUCAAUAUGCCUCGCGUGCUAUGUCUCUUUUGCCCGAUCUAUCAGGAGGCAUAGACGAUGAUCCACUGUCUUGUAUCCAGGCACUUAGCCUCGGGGCAGUGUAUCUUCAAUCAAUUGAUAUGAGAAGAGCGGCUUUUCAACACAUUGGACAAGCCUUACGUGGUUGCAUUAUUGAAGGUAUACACAGACAUGUACCGGAGGAAAUCUGUGGGCCUGAACUCUCUCAAAGAUGCAGAACAAUCUUUUGGGUCGUUUACAUGUUAGAUCGUGAAUUCUCUGCUCUAAUCGGUGCACCAAGCUCCAUUCGUGAUGAAGACAUUACAGUGAGAUUACCUGCGGAAAUGGAUGAUUCAGUGGAGCAUAUAAACUUGACAUUACAUGUUCGACUUUCGCGGCUUAUGGCUCGAAUCCUGACAACUGUCUACGGAGUUGGCAACGAAGAUGAUGACACUCUUGUUCGGAGUACACAGUCCAUUCUUCACAGCAUGGCAGAACUUUCGCAUGAUCUCACGGCAUUUUUGAAUACCGAAUUCCACGGUUUAAUAAGCCGCGCUUCAAAGAUGGCGAUAAGAUUGAUGCUAGCGCAUCAUCAUCAGUGUGUUGUCCUCACGACUCGGCCCCUAGUGAUGUGUGCAUUACACAUGCACAUAGAGCGAACAGAAAGACAAACAUCCCAAAUUAUUUCGUUAGCACCGCCUGUUGCAUCCCUUUUACAAUGCUGCGCCGAGUCCGCUCAGACACUUCUACAAACACUCCGUACACUGGCAGAUGAUGAUUUGAUGGAUGCAUUUUUACCGUUCCAGAUUGAAGAUGCUUCAUCUUCUGCGUUUGUUUUAUAUUUGAUACGCGCGAUUGCUCCCUCACUUAUAUCGAACGACUCAUGGUGCGAGAAUUUGGAAUGCGUACUGGAAAAGCUCAUCGCAAAGGGAAAUCUAGCUGCACCAUUGCGUAGACUAGAACUGAGACAACUGGAGCAAAUAUUGGCACCUUUGACGCCACGACUGGCCAAUCAUACCCUACCGGCAGCUAAUUUGGAUGAGGACAGUGAACAUCAUGAUGAGACUUAUACAUUUGACCAAGAUGAGUUCGAGUGGGACAUGCUUGCGCUCAAUUCCUCGGUCAGUCUUCCACCACGAGAACUGCUUGAUCUUGCAGAUCAGUUGGACAUGGACAGUAUUAUGCAAUCUGUUGGAGUUUGA